AAAACUUAUUGAAACCACGAGUAACUUUGAAGAAAAUGGCGAAUCUGCCCCAAUCGCUUUCCCUCAACGCGCCGUUCGGUGGUGGACCCAGUGCGUCGAACCCAAGCGCUGCCGCUGCCGCUGCCGCUGCUGCCGCCGCUGCUGGAGCUGGAGCUAACAAGGACCGGAAAAUGGCGUCGGCAGAAAACUUGGUGCUCGAACUAAGCAACCCCGAUUUGAGAGAAAACGCUCUUCUUGAUCUAUCCAAGAACAAGGAAUUAUUUCAAGAUUUGGCUCCUUUCGUGUGGAAUUCUUUUGGUACUAUAGCUGCACUCAUACAGGAAAUAGUUUCAAUAUACCCUGUUCUGUCACCACCAAACCUCACUCCUGCACAGUCAAAUCGAGUUUGCAAUGCUCUUGCUCUUCUUCAGUGUGUAGCCUCUCAUCCAGACACAAGAAUGUUGUUUCUUAAUGCUCAUAUACCUUUAUAUCUGUACCCUUUCCUAAAUACAACGAGCAAGUCAAGGCCCUUUGAGUACUUGAGGCUAACUAGCUUAGGUGUUAUUGGUGCCCUGGUGAAGGUUGAUGAUACAGAAGUUAUUAGCUUCCUUCUUUCAACAGAAAUAAUUCCACUCUGCCUGCGCACCAUGGAGAUGGGCAGCGAGUUGUCAAAAACAGUGGCCACAUUUAUUGUCCAGAAAAUCUUGUUGGAUGAUGUUGGUUUGGAUUAUAUAUGUACUACAGCAGAGAGGUUCUUUGCAGUGGGACGGGUUUUAGGUAACAUGGUUGCAGCACUUGCUGAGCAACCCUCAUCGCGGCUGUUGAAACAUAUUAUUCGAUGUUAUCUCCGACUCUCUGACAAUCCAAGGGCUUGCGAUGCAUUGAGAAGUUGCCUUCCAGAUAUGUUAAGAGAUGCCACUUUCAGUAGUUGCCUUCGUGAAGAUCCAACAACAAGGAGGUGGCUGCAACAGUUGCUUCACAAUGUGGGAGUCAAUCGAGUUCCAGCACUUCAAGCUGGAGGAGGAUUCGAUCACAUGCUAGUGAACUGAAUUGAAAGAAUGCAAAUGUUCUUUCUAUUUAUGUCCAUCGAUCUCUUAUUUUUUCCAAAAUGGGCAUCACAGGUAGAAGCCUAUUAUCUAAAUCUGAAUUACCUUUUGUCCAGGUCAACAUACCAUAGUUUAGUUUCUUGUAAUUAGUGAUUUUAUCUUAAAGAGAAAUGGGUAUGUAAGAGAAAAGGUCAGGUGGGGUUGAAGAGGAUAGUAGCUUGAUUGACUUGUUCAUAUUUCAUAAGCGGAAUGAUAUUUGUAUUAGCUCGCAUGUUUUAGUUUCUCAUGUAUAAUGAGAAGUUUGCUCAAGCUUAUUCUCUUA